UCCAGGAACAACAAAAACAUGUCUGAGUGCGACGAGCCGCACCGAUAACCGGCAGCAGAAACCUGCAGUCACCUCAACCAGCCGUCGAGUCGACCGACUGCUAUAUGAUUCCCGUCGAGUUAUCGGCCGAAACCCCAGAAAGAUGCCGCAGAAAGCACUGGGAUCCAUUGUAGGUCUUCUUUGUACCGGGACCUGUCUGGUGCAGGGGAAGGAGUUCUGUUUCGGGGUAAACAAUGAGCAGUACCGCUGUGAGAUGGGUUACUGCUGCGGAGAGACGGAGUGCUGCACCUAUUACUACGAGCUCUGGUGGUUCUGGUUAGUAUGGACUCUGAUCAUCAUGCUGAGUUGCUGCUGUGCUUAUCGACACCGGAGGGUUAAAAUGCGCCUGCAGCAGGAGCAACGUCAGCGUGAGAUCAGUCUCAUGGCCUACCAAGGAGCCUCCAGCGCCUUCAUUUCCCCCCCACCACUUAAUCUAAGGUUUUGGAACGACUGCAAGCUUCCUGACUAUGAAGAGGUGGUUGGUCACCCCCCGACACCACCUCCCCCUUACUCAGAAAACCCUCCUGAGGCGACUCCAGCACUCCCUCCACAAGUGAGCCAGCCUGACGUCGCCUCGGUGCUACAACCCCUGCCUGAGGCGGAGCCGAGGGCGGAGGCCUCAAGUCCACCAUCAGACCAGGAAGCAGUGUCCGUGCCGGUCCAAGUGCAGUGUCUGGUGGAGGAGAACGCAGGGGCUCCGUUGAUGGCGGCGGCCGAGGAGGACGAGGAGCUCAUCACACGGCGCCGGCAUGUGACCGGCGACUCAGGGAUUGAAGUUUGUGUUUGCCAGCUGGAUGUGGACGAAGGCUCGGGGCUCGAGGAGGAAAGCGACGAAGAACACCGGAUGUGCAAGGUUGCCGGAGGGGACUGCUGCUCCGGACACCAGCGGCAGAUCUUCAGACAGAAGGAGCACACCUCUGAGCUGCCCAGCACCAGCACUGGAGACCACAUGGUGUGAUCCAUGACUCAACUAACCAGCCAACCAGUGCGGCUUUCUGCUUCACACUGGGUGAUACAAGAU